UAUUUUAUAUAUAAGUCAACUCUAUCUAUUUUGAUUUAGAAAGAUCAUGUCUAGAUAAGAAAUUCCGUUGCAGUUCACACAAGAAAUUAUUAGGUAGACUUAGUCUAUCGUAAUAAAUUUUAGUAUAUUCCCAUUCUUCCUCCUUCAUUACUUUCUGCAUAAAAGACCAUUGAACUGAAAGCAUUUUUCAGUUGUACUAAUCAAAAAUGGGCUUCAAAGUUGAGAUAAUUUCAACUAUAUUCUCAUUUUUAACUCUCUUUCAGAUGAUACAUGGCUGGGGAAUUGAUGGGCACUUUAUAACUUGCAAAAUUGCUCAGUCUAGGCUGAGCGAAGCUGCGAGUGACGCCGUGAAGCAAUUGCUGCCGGAAUAUGCGAAUAAUAGUUUGGGAAGCAUGUGUUCUUGGGCUGACCAUGUGAAAUUCCGUUAUCACUGGUCAUCGGCACUUCAUUAUAUUAAUACUCCAGAUUCUCUAUGUACUUACAAGUAUAAUAGAGAUUGCAAGGAUGGAAAUGGAAGAAAAGGAAGAUGUGUAGCAGGGGCAGUUAACAAUUAUACUUCCCAACUUCUUACCUACAACAGGGAUUCCUCUCUAUCUCAAUAUAAUCUAACAGAAGCCCUUCUGUUCUUGUCUCAUUUUAUGGGAGACAUCCAUCAGCCUCUGCAUGUGGGGUUUACUUCAGACAGGGGAGGUAAUACCAUUGAUGUCCAUUGGUACACAAGGAAACAAAAUCUUCACCAUGUUUGGGAUGUCAGUAUAAUUGAGACAGACCAGGAAAGGUUUUACGACUCUAAUGUUGAAGACAUGAUUGAUGCAAUUCAACAGAACAUUACGACAGCGUGGUCCGAUCUAGUUCCGAAAUGGGAAGCGUGCAGCCGAAACAAGCCAGUCUGCCCUAACAUAUAUGCAUCUGAAGGUAUCAAAGCAGCAUGUGAUUGGGCAUACAGAGAUGCAAAUGAAGGAUCGGUAUUAGAAGAUGAUUAUUUUCUGUCGAGAAAAUCAAUAGUAACUCUGCGGCUAGCUCAAGGCGGAGUCAGAUUAGCAGCGAUCCUCAACCGUAUUUUCAGUGACUUUAAAUCAACUUCUGAUUUUAUGUUUGAUGCCUCAAGUUACAGAAAAGGCGCGAUUUAGUUUGGUUGUUGGUGUAUUUUUAAUGUAUGUACUUGUCAAGGCUCUGCCUAUAUUCAGAGUAUAGCUCUCAAGAAGAACAAAUAUUUUCUUUUUUACAAAAUCAAUUGUAUAACUAAGGCACAUGCACCUUAAAAAUUUAUAGUGACAAAACUAAAAGAGAAUGAAAAAAAGAGGGCGAUCGAGGUGAAAAAUGGCAGACGAUUAGAGAAGGAGACCGUAGUAAGAUGAUUGAAAGAAAAAAGAAUAUUGAAAAUGA